UCUAGUAGUUGAAACAAAGGGAAAAACUGCGCUGAAUCAAAUUCAAAACCGGAACCAUCCAAGAUGGCCUUUGCUCUGUUGAGAAAUGGUGCUCGCUCCUCGUUUCCGUUGCUGGAACGAAAUUUUGCAGCGCUUGCUGCGUUUAAUGGGACCACCACGACACUAAUAUCUCAUCCUCAAAAGAUCGAACAGCAGACAGUCGGACAACCGUUGCCCAGCUUCGUGUCGACCAGUGUGCGAAAGUACUCCAAAAAAGCCAACCGACCUGAACGGGCCUACGAAAGCGAUUCCGAUUCGGAUUCGGAUGAUGAACGGGAGUCUCACCGCAAGAAACAGGGCCGCCGGGAGAGGGGAAAUUCGGAAUUCUGGCGACGAAAGAUGCGCACCCUCCAUGGCCUGCUGGACGUCAACAAGGACGGAGUCAUUUCCUACGACGAUUUCAUGCUUCUGACAGAGAAAUUCGCCUCCAUGGGUCACUUGGAUCAGGCGGAGAAGGAAGAAUUCCGCGACAUUAUGAAGGCCACAUGGAUCCAGCAGUGGGGCGAAAUCACACCGUACAACCUGGUCACGGUGGAACAGUACCUAACCGACAUGCACCACGUCGUCAACGACAAGGACCUGCGCAAGAAGGUGCACCGAUUUUUGCCCUACCUGUACAAGGCUGUCGAUAAGGACCAUUCCGGAUCAAUUUCGUUGAAGGAGUUCAAGCUGUUCUUCCGCUGCCUGGGCCUGACGGACGAGGAUGCCGCCGUUUCGUUUGCCGUGAUCGACAAGAACGGCGACGGGCAGGUCACGUUGGACGAAUUUUUGAAACUGGGACGGGAUUUCCUGCUUACGGAGCGGGAGGAAAAUGUUUCGCGACUUUUCUGGGGACCACUGGUCGAGCAUUGACGCAAGAGCGUGAAGAACAAUAAUAACGAGGUAGCAUCAGCAUCAUCGGAAUGCGGAUUUAUUGAACCAAGUAGGCGAUAAGCAGU